AUGUCUCUUCCGGGGACCGCUACAGAGGCGCCCAAAGCCACAACCCCACCUACCGAACCCGCUGCUGCGGAAUAUCAAUCCCAACAAGAUACCACAUCUGGAACCAAAGUGUCCAGCCCUGUGAAGAAGCUCUGCGGGGUCUGCAACGAUCGAGAAUCAAAAUACAAGUGCAGCCGCUGCUACCUCCCAUACUGCUCCGUCGCAUGUUCCACAGUGCACAAGACCACUCAUCCAGCGGACGAACCCGCCCCCGUCGCAAGCACACCCAUCCCCUCACCUCCCGCCGAAACCCAUGGGCGAGCUGGAACCCGCGCCGCAGCGGGCUCCAAAGGCCCAUUCGCACCAUUAGACAACUCGGAAGAGCUCCAGGAGCUGUUCAAAACCUACCCCCGCCUGAAAUCCCACCUCCAAAAUAUCCACAACGCUACAUUGCCUCCUGCAGACGACCACGCGCCUAGCUUCCCCAAUGGUCAACAGAAGCGAAGGGGCGGGAAACAAGAGGCAUGGAAUCAAGACCGCGGACUGCAAAACGGGGUUAAGGCACUGAAUCGCGCCCGAGUUGCGUAUGGCAAGGACGGGGAGGGCGUGCGGGAGUUCUCGAAGCUGGUUCUGCAGAUGGUGUCAAGAGAUGCUGGUGGGGUUUGUGAUGCAACUGAUAUAAUCCAGAAGGAGAUCGAGGAGGAAAAUGCGAGGAUCAUCUCGAUGCUGCUGAAUCAUGAAAUAUGA